AUGAGUAAGCCAAGACCGCGUUCAUUUACUGCAAUUCCAUCCGAAGAAUAUUCAAAUGAAGGCUCUACGAUCGCGUCAGCAAAAGGAUUACUGAUUGAACAACAAGUUAGUAAGGAUAUACUUGCUGGCAAAACUAUUGGGGUUUGGGACGAAUUUAAUUAUAUUUGA